UAUUAUGAUCCAUAUUUUUACAUUAUGAAUGAUUGUGAUAGUUUACAUCACAAUCAUUAUUUUUAAAAUAGAUAUUUCAUAUUUUAUAUCAAAAUCUUUGUUUUUAAAUGUAGAUUUCAAAUAUAAUAGUUUUAUUUUGGUAACUUUAAAAUAGUUACAAUUUUACUUAAAAAUAGUGUUUUUCAUUUAAGUUUUAUUUUAUGUAAGCUGUCCAACAAAGACUUGUUAAAGUAACUUUAUAUCAAGCUUUAAAGCCAAGCUACAAUAAGUGACAAUUAGCACUUAAACAAACAAGUCUUGAUAAGCAGUCAGCUUACUCCUUUCUUUUUCCAUUCUUAUCUAAAUGCUUAAAUAUAUGGUUAAACAAAAAUAGCAACUUUUGCAGGAAAUCAUCCUAAUGUUUCCUUCUUAGGACAUUUUAUACAUUAAUGUUUAUUUGCAUAUGGUUUAACAGAGUUGAACAAAACUUCCAGCUUCAACUGUCCCAGUAUCAUUCGAAAAUUGGGCGUUGAAGUAAUAAACUGGAUUUUUAAUAUAUAAAGUGUUAACUCUGUUAUUCCAGGGUUUCGUCAUAAAGGACUUAAACACAGUCUGCCCAUGAUUAAUCAAUAAAAAAAGGACAACUGUCGUAGGAUCAUAAAAUUCUGGUGGAGUACGAUCCUUUCCCUAUGACAACGCCUAAUUCAUGUAAGAGACCAGUCCUAAGAAACCUUGAGAGUCGACGUCAGAAGACCCCAGAAAGAUAUUCCCAAACACCAAGGAAAUCUCGCACUGGGAAGAGCAAAAAGACGCAGACUUUAACAGAUAACCAGACAACACUUAGAGAGGAGACAAUAGAGACUGCUGAAUCCAUUGACAUCCCAGCAGAAGAAAUUCCUGAACUUCUUACCAAACAAACACCUAUGAUGGCAUCUGGAAUGAAUGUUAAAAUUGUGACAUUUCAAGGUCAGCCAGGUUCCAAGGGUGAAACAUGGUUGAAGGAAUACACCUCUAUUUGUAAAGUCCUCUACAAUUUCAAUGAUGAGAAGGUAAAACUGACCUUUCCAUUCCAUCUUACUGGACAAGCCCAAGCAUGGUACCAAUCUUUACCAGAUGAAACAAAGGACAAUAAGGAUAAUCUUGUUGAAGCCUUCAAAAAGCGAUUUGAUGGUAGUGAUGGUGGAUAUACCUUAAAUGCUGUGAGACAAGAACCAAAUGAAACAGUAUGUGAUUACACAACCAGAUUUUACAAUUUGACUAAUGACAAAAACAUGCCAGAUUCAUGGCUUAUUUCGAAGUAUGUGGACGGUUUAACCCCAUCAAUUAAGAGAAUUGUCAAACCACAAGAACUGUUAUCUUUGGAUAUUGCCAGAAGAGCCGCUAUAAGGGCUGAACAAUCAGAAUUAGACACUGUUCAAGUUUCAGUUGUAAGUGAAAAUUCACAAUCAAGUGCUAUUGAGGCUAAAUUGAACACUCUCAUUAAACUUAUGACUCACCAAUCAACUGUGAACCAGUCCAGGCAAGAACCAGUUCAGUACCAUCAGGAUCCACCCCAGACCUGGAGCAGGAGGAGGCAGAACCGAGACUAUCAUUCACAACAAGGUAGGAAUAUGAAUAAUAUUUCUCGCAAGGUUAAUAGCCAUUUUUGUAAAAUCUGCUCAAAAACAGGUCAUUUUGAACAACAUUGUCCAGAAAUAGGAAGUUUUAAAUCUUUUCAGGAAGCACGCAAGCCCUCUAAUCAAAAUCAAUAGGGAUUCGCGCCUGUUCAUAGACAAUCAUCUGUGAAUAGGCAUAAAGGGAAUGUAGUUCUAAAUCAGAAUUUAAAAGAGAAAAACAGGACUGAUUUACAAAACAAACAACAAAAACUUUCAAAAAGAAAUUAAACAACAAAACAGAAACAAAAACCUAUUUCUUUAAUAGAACCUCUUCACAAAAAUACUGUUCAAGUUAAGGUUCUAGGUGUAAAAAACUCAAGCUUUAGUAGACACUGGUGCCUCUAUUUCAUGUAUUUCUAAAACCUUUCUUAAAAAGGCUGGUUUAAAUUUAAACAAUCUAAAGGCAUCAAAUUUAUGUCAAGUCAAAGGUGUUAGUGGAGCAAACAACACCUGUACUAGGUUACUUAAAUGUCCCUAUAGUCAUAUCUGGGCUGUGUUUCAACUACAAGCUUCAUGUGCUAGAUUCACUUCAUCAUUCUCUUAUCAUUGGGAUAGAUUUUCUAUAUGACAAUCAAUUGUUUUGUUGACUUGGGCAAGGGUACCCUGUAUAUUAAAGAAAAUACUGUCUCAGUUCAAAUGACAGUAAGGUCAGGUACUGCUAAAACUACAAAGCCUGUAUGUCUCUUGGCACGAGAAGAAGUUGAUAUUCCUGUUUCAAUCACUAGAAAGUUUAAGAAGGAAACUGUGCUGUUAGAACCAAUAAAUACUUCUAAAAACUAUAGGGUGGCCAGGUGUCUUGUAAAAGCCAAACAAAAUCGCAAUGCCCAAAAUUCCAGAGCAGUGAUAAGAAUUUUAAAACCCUACUA